AUGCCCGAGGAGAAUGGCUGGAAGGUCGAUGAUACAGUCACGUUUGCAGAGGCCCUGGCUGAACAAGGCUGUGUCGAUUUGAUUGAUAUCAGCAACGGUGGUGUGCACAGUGCUCAGAAAGUGAAGUCAGGCGCUGCCUUUCAGGUCCCUUUUGCAGCAGCUGUGAAGAAGGUUGUUGGUGAUAAAGUGCUUGUUGCUGCUGUGGGCAUGAUCAAUAACGGUAUCUUGGCUGAUCAGAUUCUCAACGAAAAUGAUCUUGACGUUAUCCUUGUCGGACGGGAUUUCCAGCGUGAUACCGGUCUUGCUUGGCACUUCGCUAAAGAUCUCGAUGUCGAAAUUGCUAUGGCUGCUCAAAUCCGCUGGGGAUUCACCAGCUUCCGCAAUGCCUCGGAAUACAUCCAGCCCAAUUCGAUGAAAGCAUCAAUUUUCGAAUGA